AUGUUUUGGGGGUAUCAUUUUCCUCCAGUGUGUUCUUAUCUCUCCUUCACAGAUAACACAAAGGCCAGUGGGAAAAGAGUUGUUGGAGAUGUAGCUUAUGCUUCAGCAAAGGAGAGAGCAGCCUAUAUCACCCCUGUCCCCGGUGGGGUUGGACCAAUGACCGUUGCAAUGCUGAUGCAGAGUACAGUAGAAAGUGCUCAACGUUUUCUUGAGAACCAUCAACCUGGCAAGUGGAAUAUUCAAUAUAGACUGCUCACUCCUGUAACUCCUGUUCCAAGUGACAUCGAAGUUUCACGGUCAUGUACUCCUAAGCCCAUUGGUGAGCUGGCCAGAGAAAUUGGCUUGAUUUCAGAUGAAGUAGAGUUGUAUGGUCAAUGUAAAGCCAAAAUCUCACUGUCAACACUGAAGCGUCUCAAAGAUCAACCAGAUGGAAAAUACAUUGUAGUUACAGGCAUAACUCCCACACCACUGGGGGAAGGGAAGAGUACUACAGCUAUAGGGCUGGUUCAGGCUUUGGGUGCGCACCUUGGUCAGAAUACCUUUGCCUGUGUCCGUCAGCCUUCUCAAGGGCCUACUUUUGGAAUUAAAGGUGGUGCAGCUGGAGGUGGCUAUUCUCAGGUUGUUCCUAUGGAAGAGGUAAAUUUCAAAUUUAUUCCUUUAUAA